CGAUUCAGCAGUGCAGGCAUAUCGACCUUAGCUUGUCAGAUUUCAAGAUGGCGGCUGAUGGCACUACUUCCCCUGAAAUAGUUCGUGGACAAAUAUUUGACGUUGGCCCGCGGUAUACCAACUUGGCUUACAUUGGGGAGGGAGCUUAUGGCAUGGUUUGUUCUGCACUGGAUAACCAUACUGGAGAGAAAGUUGCCAUUAAGAAGAUCAGUCCAUUUGAGCACCAGACAUACUGCCAACGAACCCUAAGAGAAAUAAAAAUCUUAACCAGAUUCGAGCAUGAAAAUAUUAUUAAUAUUCAAGAUAUUAUCAGAUCAAAGAACAUGGAUCUUAUGAAAGAUGUUUAUAUUGUACAGUGUCUGAUGGAGACAGAUUUAUACAAACUGCUGAAAACACAACAACUAAGUAAUGACCACGUGUGUUAUUUUCUGUAUCAGAUCUUACGGGGACUUAAAUAUAUUCACUCUGCCAACGUACUUCACCGAGAUCUAAAACCAAGUAAUUUGUUACUCAAUACAACAUGUGAUCUAAAGAUUUGUGAUUUUGGCCUUGCAAGAAUAGCAGACCCCAACCACGAUCACACUGGUUUUUUAACAGAGUAUGUUGCCACUAGGUGGUACCGGGCACCUGAGAUAAUGUUAAAUUCAAAAGGCUAUACCAAAUCUAUUGACAUAUGGUCUGUCGGAUGUAUUCUGUCGGAGAUGCUUUCCAAUAGACCAAUCUUUCCUGGAAAACAUUACUUGGAUCAGUUAAAUCACAUUUUAGGUGUUCUAGGAUCCCCCAGUGCUGAAGACCUUCAGUGCAUUAUUAAUGACAAAGCUCGUGGAUAUCUUCAGUCUUUACCCUUCAAGCCUAAAGUACCGUGGAGCAAACUUUAUCCAAGAGCAGAUUCCAAAGCGUUCACGCACGGCUCCUUAGCACGGCCUGUUGCUGAAGAACCUUUUAGUUUUGAAUGCGAGUUGGAUGAUCUGCCAAAAGAAAAACUUAAGGAAAUGAUUUUCGCUGAAACGAUUGGAUUCAAGGCGAAUUAGGCCAAUGUUUGGAAUGGUCAGCCCAGCUGAGAAAAUGAAUCUGUAUUAUGGCCUGAGCUGGUGAAGCAAGAAAAAAACUAGGGGUCAAAGGUCAAGAGUAGAUUAGUAUCUUGUAUAAUGAUAGUCUUUAAGAAUUCUUGAGAAAUGCAUUAAUUUAUAUUUAGAAUAUAUGAAUUAACAUAACAUUUGCAGAUGAGUGGAUUAUCAUCUGUACAUGUACAAAUGUAUGGGUCGAGAAACCUUUUAUGAAAAAUAUAGAGAAUUUCUUUUUUUU